AUGAAUCUGACUCCUGGUAGCUGUACGGCAGAGAUGCCGUUCGGAUACCAACCCCGUUUCAAAGGCCUUUACAUCGCCACUGAGCUCAUCAUCGCCGUGCUGGCCAUCAUAGGCAACUUCCUCGUUUGUCUGGCUGUCACCCGAAACAAGAAACUUCGCACCGUCACCAACUACUUCCUGGUAUCAUUGGCAGUGGCGGACAUCCUGGUGGGCUUGGUGGCCAUUCCCUGCGCAGUGCUGACAGACUUGGGUCAACCUCGUCAUAACUUGCCCCUCUGCCUGGUGCUGCUCAGCAUCCUGAUGGUUCUCACACAGAGCUCCAUCCUGAGUUUGUUAGCAGUAGCAGCAGAGCGGUACAUGGCCAUCCUUCUGCCCUUCCAGUACCAGCGAGUCAUGAGCCCCAGGAACGCCCGGCUGGCGCUGCUGGUCACCUGGGGGCUGGGGGCCAUCUCUGGCUCCGUGCCGCUCAUGGACUGGCAAAGACAACCAGCAGAUUCUGACUACUGUAUCUUCACUUGUGUGGUGGACAUGAGCUAUUUGGUCUACUUCAACUUCUUCUGCGGCCUCCUGGUGCCACUAGUGGCCAUGAUUGUCAUCUACAGCCAAAUCUUCCUGACCGUCCGCCGCCAGCUCAGGCGCAUCGCUGUGGUCAGGGGAGCCGCAGAGGACAGGAGAGCUGCUGGUAGUGGGAGCUCUGGGACACAGGACACUGAGAGCUCAGCUGCUGCGGGAACCACAGGAGGCAGAGCAGACAUGGGGACAGGAAAAGGAACCAAGCGUUUGGGAAAAUGUAAGGCUGGACAGAGGGCUGUUGGAGAAGUCGAGUCUGGCAUUGGGUCUCUUAUUGAAACUGAGACUACUGCUGUCUUCACAAAGCCCAGCAUCGUCUCAGCUGGAUCCACCUCCAGCUCCGCUCCUGCUGACCCCCGUCCAGCAGAGUCAAACAAGGCCAAAUCCAACAUCCGCACCCGUCAGGAGCUGCGUAAGGCCACCUCCCUCUUCCUGGUCCUGUUUCUCUUCAUGGUGUGCUGGAUGCCCAUCCACCUCAUUAACUGUGUCCUGCUGCUCUGCCCACAGUGUGAGGUGCCCAUGACGCUCACACUAGCGGCUAUUUUGCUUUCACACGCCAACUCCGCCCUCAACCCGAUCCUGUACGCGUACAGGAUGAGGUCGUUCCGACACACUCUGAUAGCAAUGUGGAGAGGAAUGUGGAGGAUUGGGCCAAGAAGCCAGUAGAGGAGCCGUGGGUGUCUCAAAAGCAAAACCUUUUCAUGUAAAAGGUAGGACUCACAAGCUUUUGUUAAAGAAGCCAAAAAUAACUUUGAUCAAAGUGUAAGUGUGAUUCUUAAGUGAUUGCAGUGACUCGCAAGGAUUGUAAAAACUCAAAAUAUCCUCCCUCAAGCACUGGAAUAAGCCAAUAGCAGGCCGUCAAAGGUGAUAUGUCAGUGCUGCAUCACAUCAGUCAUGAUGGCAGCUUCAUACACACAUUAUCAUCCAUGU